AGUCCAGUCCAGUCCAUGUGGACUGGACUGGACUCAGAUUUUUUGGAUUUCAUGGACUCGGACUGGACUGGACUAGACUUUUUUAGUCCAUGGACUGGACUGGACUCAAAAAUUUGAGUCCAUACGGAGCUCUGUUACUUAACCACCAUAUGGUGAGUACUUUUAUAAUAUGACACUUAGUUAUUAAUUGUCAGAAUAUAUAAGAGUGCUCCGCAGACACUUGAUUUGUCGUUGGAUCUCUCACAGGUAUUCAUGGGUUACUUCGUGCUUGGGCAAGUACUUGACAAGAGGGUAAAACAAUUACUUGAUUUACUUCUACAAAAUUCCAAAAACAUUGGACAAAACGAGUAAUUAAACAAGUAAUCGUAUGCAAGUACAUUCAUUAGAGAUUGUAUUUACUUUUUUAGAAUUACAUGUUAUCAAUUGCAUUCGAAAGAAUAGAAGAAUUGUUAGAGAAUACGAACAAUUCUAACGCAAGAAAAAAACACUUUUUAAUUCAAUUCUAAACUGGAUAUCUGUCGGCAUUGAAUUAUAUCUCGAUUGUUCACUAUUUGUAUUUUUUUGUCCAACUGCUAUGUGAAAUCGACUUUCAUACUAAAGUUGGUAUAUUCAAAUUACUUGUAUUUUUAGCAUUUCAUUACAAUCUGCGGAUAGCCAUAUUUGUGGCGGUACACUGAUUGAUAGUCGUCAUGUUCUAACAGCAGCACAUUGUCUAACGUCGACUGAUAUUAAACAAUAUUCAAUUGUCACAGGUUUACAUGAUCGUGCAAAUUUAGGUGAUGGCCGUGCACAACGACAUGAAGUUGAAGCACUUUUUAAUCAUGAACAAUACAAUGUAGACACAAACGAAAAUGACAUUGCAAUAAUACGAUUGCGUCAACCGGUGAAAAUGACUCAGUAUGUGAAUGUGGCUUGUUUGCCUGAAAAUGAUCCACUACUCAAUUCUGACGUUAUAAUAGGUGAUUCUGGUGGACCAUUGGUCCACGAAGUCAGAGGAAAAUGGUACAUCAGUGGCGUUGUCAGUUACGGAAUAGGAUGUGCAAGUGAUGGUUAUCCUGGUGUUUACACAAGAGUCAGUUACUAUUUACCAUGGAUCCGCGCAAAAACAACAUUAGCUUAA